GCUCUUGCCAUGCCGGAGCUGGGACUGAAGAGUAAGUGGUCCUCAUCUCCGCUUCUCGGUGUGCCUCAGCAUGUGGUUGAACCCAUGCUGAGGAGAAGUGAGCGAGAGCCUUAAACAGUGCAUUGUCUUACACAUGAAGCAGUAGAGGCCCAGGCUAAAGCCCCCACACUCCCUAGCUCCCUACCCAAAGUUGAGGGUUUCCCAGCAGCUGUAGGCAUCUGCUGGUCUUACCAACAGAGAUGCUUGUAAGGUGUGUGUGACAGCUCAGGGUGUGGCCCAGGGCUCUCUCUCUUGGAGUUGGAGUUCUUAGUGACUUGAGUGGAGACACCACCUAUGCGCAUCCACAGUACUGACACCCUCUCCUUGCUGUCCCAGGCACUCAGUCCUCAGUAUGUUUGCCCCUUUACCAAGCCCUUCUCCCAGGCUUCCUGGAUACAUACUUUAAUAAAACCGCACAUAAAUGAAUGAUUUGGUGCCUAGCGUCCUGCUCUGUCUAUGAUUGUGAAUGAGCAGAGGUCACCACCCUAGAUUGGCUGAGUUGAUGUAAUGCCGUGCGUGUGCUUCUAUCUCGUGUCCGGGGCUCCUAGCGGCUUCCUUUGUAGAAACCCUUUCUGUCUCCCCUCUUUAACCCCUCUGAGCUUCUGGCUCUGAUCGUUCCUCCCCUGUUGUAUGAACCACUUCAGGUUCUGCCAACUUGGGUAUUAAAAGGUCUUCAACUGGGUGGCCGGUGCUGUUACCUGUGAUUGUCACCUGGUCCCUGGUCUUUUCACCGGAGUGGCCUGAUGAAGAAACUGACAAAAAGAGAAAGAUCUUUGAGUGAGCUGUGCUCUUGUUGCUUGGCUGGGGAGCCUGACUCAGUGAUGGCUCUGAACCAGUGUCAGCUGAGCUCCUGGCAGAACCCAAGGAGCAGGACAGCAAGUCAGCAUCUGGGAAGGGGAGCCAGGGCAGCUGGGUUCGCAGUCAGUGUGAGCUUGGAAACACUAUAUUUCCUCAAAUCCCUGAAGUUCAGCCACCAAAAUUAUAGUAAGUACUUAUUCCCCAAACUGCGCUAAAUUGUGAGGGAAAGGUCAUGUUUUCCCUCAAGUCGCUGACAGGCUAAUGAGGCAGAAAGACACAUAACAAUAAAUUGGUCUCAUUCUCUCUCACCCUCCAGCCAUAAAGCCAGUGCUGUCACAUUGUAGCCCGAGCUCCCUCCAUUGCUGCUGCCAUCCCUAGCCAUGACAGUUACUCUCUGAAGCCUUAACUCCCCGCACACCGGCACCCUUUCUUUCUGGCACUGCUUCUGUUGAUGUCUGUGGUAUCAACAGUGAGAAGAUGAUACGCCCUGUGCCUGAUCCCCCGCCUCACCGUCCUGCCUCCCUUCAGAGAGCUUAGGUUCACUGCUCCCAGAGAAUCUGUCCUGCACCUUUCUUUGACCGUUCUCCUGUCUCUGAAGCUCACUCCUCUUCCUGCAGAUCUAGGUUUUCACUCUCUCUGGCUUUGUAAUCUGUGGAACCCACCAUGUUUCUUGGCCUUCAGCUUCCUCUGUUACAGAGCUGAGUCUGCUCUGUUGUGGCACUCUUCAAUAUCAUCAUCCCAGACCACCAUGCCGAUGCCUUUUCUCCUCCCCGCCUCGCCCCCUCGGGCUCUGUGGAUCAGCUCGUGGAAGGUCUUCUGGGUGGUCUGUCUCGAUGGGAUGCUGAACACUUCCUGUUUAUUGCUGAGCACGGCUACCUUUAUGAGCACAACUUUGCCUUCUUCCCUGGCUUCCCCUUGGCCCUGCUGAUGGGAACUGAACUGCUGAGGCCCCUGCAGGGCCUCUUGAGCGAGCGCAGUUGCCUGCUGGUCUCGGUAGCACUUGUCAACUCCCUGUUCUCUGUGCUGGCCGCGGUUGCACUUCAUGACUUGGGCUGUCUGGUUUUGCAGUGUCCUCGUCAGGCCUUUUGUGCAGCACUGCUCUUCUGCCUCAGCCCUGCCAGUGUUUUCUUGGCAGCUGGCUACUCGGAAGCUUUGUUUGCCUUCCUGACAUUCAGUGCCAUGGGGCAGCUGGAGAGGGGCCGAGGCUGGGCUAGUGGGCUGCUCUUUGCUCUUGCCGCUGGGGUGCGCUCCAACGGGCUGGUCAGCGUGGGCUUCCUCCUGCAUUCUCAGUGCAGAGGCUUUUAUUCUUCUCUGGUGGUGCUGAACCCCUUGAAAGGGCUGGUCAAGCUCAUGGCCUCUCUGUGCUUGUCAGUGCUCACGGUCAGCCUUCCUUUUGCCCUCUUUCAGUAUUAUGCCUACACCCAGUUCUGCUUACCAGGCUCAGCCCACGCCAUCCCUGAGCCCUUGCUGCGGCUAGCUUCGGACAGAGGCUACCGGCUUGCAGGAGACAGUGAGCCCCCGUGGUGCUCCCGGGCUCCUCCUCUAAUAUACAGCUAUAUUCAGGAUGUCUACUGGAACGUCGGUCUUCUGCGAUACUAUGAGCUCAGACAGGUGCCGAAUUUUCUCCUAGCUACACCAGUGACUGUACUGGUUGUGUGGGCAACCUGGACAUAUGUGACCGCCCACCCUUGGCUCUGCCUUACCCUUGGGCUGCAAAGGACCAAGGACAGGGAGAGCCUGGAGAAGCCCCAUCCUGGCUUCCUCAGUCCGAAGGUGUUUGUGUACCUGGUCCACGCUGCAGCGCUGCUGGCCUUUGGAGGUCUGUGCAUGCAUGUCCAGGUUCUCACGCGACUUCUGGGCUCUUCCACUCCCAUCAUGUACUGGUUUCCAGCUUACCUGCUUCAGGAUCGAGAACCACUGUUGAGAUGUGUAGACACAGCCCCUCAGAAGCUUCUUGAGGAGAAUUCCCCACCAGGACAAAAGGCCCCCAGAAACUGUGUCAUGAAACUCUUAUACAACUGGAAGACCUGCUCUCCAGUCACAAAAUGCAUUCUAGUCUACUUCCUGACCUACUGGCUCCUGGGACUAAUUCUGCAUUGCAACUUCCUGCCUUGGACUUGACCUGGACUCUAGGGCAAGCUGGAAGCUAAUUUAAGCCUGGUCUGAAAGCUGUAAGACACCCCGACUAGGACUGCCUGCACACUCCUGGAGCACUGUCCAGUGGGAUUUCCCCAUGUCUCUCUGGCGGCCAGUUAAGAAGGGAAAAUGGGAGCCUCUCAUCCUGGGCGGGGUGAAUUUAGGGGAGUAACUUCACUGCUCAGUAGAUCUGUCUCAAAUCUUCUGGUCAACAAGUACGAGGCAAUCUUGAACCUACCUCUGAUCCAUGUGUAAGUCUUCAUCUUUUUGUUUUUCCAUAGAGGGUUUCUCUGCCUAGCCCUGGUGUCUUGGAACUCACUCUGUAAACCAGGUUUGUGCAGACCAGGCUAACCUGGAACUCAAGAGAUCCACCUGCUUCUGCCUCCUGAGUGCUAGGAUUAAAGCCAUGAGCCACCACUGCCUGGCCUGGUGGGUAAAUUUAAAUGUUUGCUCAAAUCACAGGCAACAGCCUAGUCCAUUCAUGACGAUGGAGACAGUGCAGUGUAA